AUGGAAGAACUUCAGAAGAAAAGAAAAUCCAGGUGGGGGGACUUAGAAAACAAAGCAGAUAGUAUUAACGAGACGGGCAGAACAGUCGAAGUGAAUAAGUCAGCUGAACCGAUUAGGACGAAUGAGGUGAAUACGCUGUUAAACAGACCGGCGCAGAGCUUCCCCGCGCUAUCUUCCGCCAUGCAUUUAAACAUAUUAAAAGCGACGGAGGCAGCCAAAUUAGCAAUAGAAAGGGCAAAAAGAGCUAGCAGGUUUAAGGAGGACAUGAAACAGAACAUAAAGAAAAUAGACUUUGUACCCAAGCCUUUAAAAUUUGAUGAACAAGGGAGAGAAAUAGAUGAAGAAGGAAAUGUGAUCAACAUAAAACCGAUUACGUUUUCAACACUCAAAGUGAAUAUUAACAAGUUGGAGGAAAAUAAUCUUUUAAAAAAAAAAAACGAAUUAGGAAAUAAAAAUAGUGAAGAGUAUCUAAAUGAAGAUAACAAAUGGUUUGAUUCUAGAAUAAAAAAUCUAGCCAAUUCGAGGAACUACAACACAAAAUCGCAGAUGAAUUUUGAUCUGAAAAAAUUUAUGCAAGAUAAAAAGAACGUGCAGUCUUUGCAAGAAAUGUCUUUAAACUUUUUAAACAGUGAUCUAAAUGAUAACAUCAAUCCAAACUUAAUAGAUAUUAAUAACAAAGAUGUUAGAAAAAGGAAGGAGUGGAAGGAGGAUGAAAAAUAUGACGUGAUGGAAAAAUGGGAUUUGGUUCUAUUCAAAAAGGUUGAAAAUAAAGAAAACUUGAAGGAGUACAUUUCGGAGCAAAUGACUAGCUGGAAGGGGAAGCUCCAACUGGGGGGAGGUACUACACAUCAUGGAGGGGAGAAACCUAAUGGAAAUCCCCAUGUAGGAGCACAGGAGGAAGAUGCCGCAGGGGAGACAAAUAAAAAUGAUAACAAUGAUACAGAUGAAUGCACCAGCAGCAUCUACCUCAAAGUGAAUAAACUGAUACAGAAGCGCAGCGCGAACAUCCUCCUGCUACAAAGUAACGAAAUCAUAAUUAAUGAUGAGCUGUAUAAAAUAAACCUAAAGAAAAUCACAAAUUAUGUAGAACAUCCAAUCUCGCUAAAUGAAGAUAAGAAAGAAGAGAAGAACACCACCCCACAUAUGUUUUUAACCCCGUUAGAAAGAAAAAAACUAAGGAAGAGAAAAAGACAAGAAAAGGAAAGAGAGAAACAAGAUAAAAUUCGAAUAGGACUAAUGCCCCCACCCCCACCUAAAAUGAAAUUAUCAAAUCUGAUGAGGGUCCUUGGAGACAGUGCAGUUUCACAACCCUCAAGAAUAGAAUUAGAAGUAAGGCAACAAAUGAAAGAAAGAGAACUACGACAUUUUAAACAAAAUCAAGAGAGAAAAUUAAAUCCAGAAGAAAAAAGCAAAAAGAAAAUGAAAAAAUGGAAAUGUGAUCCAAAUCAAGAAAAUGAAGUCCUUGUUAUUUAUAUUUCAAACUUAUCCAAUAAAAAACACGUAUUUAAAAUUGACAUAAAUGCACAGCAGCUACAUUUGACAGGUGUAUGUGUUAUGACUGUUCUUUACAAUUUUAUUAUUGUCGAGGGGAAGCAUAUUGCCAUUGAGAGGUACAAGAGAUUAAUUUUUAGGCGAAUCAAAUGGAAUGAAGACGAAUACAACGAGGAUGAAGAAGGGGACGAUGAGGAUGAUGAGGAGGAAGAAGAAGAUGAUGAUGAAGGUACAGCAGGAGGCAUAGAUCACGAUCAUAAUAGUAGCAACCUUAAAGAAAAAGCAGAUCAAAUUAAAAUGAAAUCAAAUUUUGAUACACAGGAUGAUUAUCCUAAUGAUGAUGCAAAUAUUCAUCUAAACCAGGGCUGUACUUGUAGCCUCAUUUGGAGUGGCACUGUGAAGAAAAAGAAUUUCCUCAACUGGAAAAUGAUAAUUGCCAAGACGGAGGUGGAAGUAACGGAUUAUCUGCAGAAGCAUGACGCGUUGCACUACUUCCACAUAGUCAAGAAACACAGGAACGUGUCGAAUGAUGUGUGA